AUGCAUUUAUCUAUAGAAAAAGGUCAGGUGUACAAGCAGAAGCGACCCACUAUGUAUCCCCCCUGGAGCAGCACGUUUGACGCUCACGUCCACAGGGGACGAGUGAUGCACGUGGUGGUCAAGGACAAAACGGCCGAGUUAAAGACAGAGGCCACCAUCCAGCUGGACACCCUCGCAUCACGCUGCAAGAAAGAGAACGGCAAACUUGAGAUCUGGGUGGAAUUGAAACCACAGGGUCGCUUACUAAUGGAAGCGCGGUAUUUUCUGGAGAGAAGUGAUGCUGCAGGGCACGGUGAAGGAGAUGGAGACAGCGAGCAUGAAAAAGAGGGGACGUUCGCCUUGCAUCACAGACGUGGUGCCAUCAAACAAGCCAAAGUUCACGUGGUCAAAUGUCACGAGUUCACCGCCACCUUUUUCCCUCAGCCGACUUUCUGUUCGGUCUGCAAAGAGUUUGUCUGGGGCCUGAAUAAACAGGGGUAUCAGUGUCGACAAUGCAAUGCUGCCAUUCAUAAAAAGUGUAUCGACAAAGUCAUCGCCAAAUGCACAGGCUCGGCCGUAAACAGUAAAGAAACCAUGAUCCACAAAGAGCGCUUUAAGAUUGACAUGCCACACAGGUUUAAAGUUUAUAACUACAAGAGUCCAACGUUCUGCGAGCACUGUGGCACCUUGUUGUGGGGUAUCGCUCGCCAGGGCCUUAAAUGUGAAGAGUGUGGCAUGAACGUUCACCAUAAAUGUCAAAGGAAAGUUGCUAACCUUUGUGGCGUCAACCAGAAGCUAAUGGCAGAAGCUCUGGCUAUGAUUGAGAGCACUCAACAGGCUCGGAGCUCUCAAAGUAAUGAAAUUGUUGGUCGUGAAGGGCCGGUGGCCGUAAGUCAGGCAGGGGUCACCAGAGAGCCCUCUGGCUGCUUACCAAUUUCUCCUUUAUCACCUGCCCCAGCUCUACCACGCAAAGAGCAACAGGGUAUCGCAUGGGAUACCCCGACAGAGGGUCGGAGGCCAAGUCUUCCCGAAGAGACUGAGCCAUUGUACGCCACCCCACGCAAAGAGCACCAUGCAAAGUUUACCCUUGACAACUUCAUUCUGCAUAAGAUGCUGGGCAAGGGUAGCUUUGGAAAGGUGUUUCUUGCCGAGUUGAAGGGCGCUGGGCAGUUCUUUGCAGUGAAGGCCCUAAAAAAAGAUGUGGUUCUGAUGGAUGAUGAUGUUGAAUGCACUAUGGUGGAGAAGAGAGUGUUAUCUCUAGCCUGGGAACACCCCUUCCUCACACACCUCUAUUGUACCUUCCAAACCAAGGAAAAUCUUUUCUUUGUGAUGGAGUAUUUAAAUGGAGGCGACCUAAUGUUCCACAUCCAGACCUGCCACAGAUUUGACCUCCCACGGUCCACGUUUUACGCUGCAGAGAUCAUUUGUGGGCUGCAAUUUCUACACUCUAAAGGCAUUGUGUACAGAGAUCUUAAAUUGGAUAACAUCUUGCUGGACAUUGAAGGCCACAUCAAGAUUGCAGAUUUUGGCAUGUGUAAAGAGAACAUGUUUGAAGAAGCUAGAACGUGCACCUUCUGUGGAACACCAGACUACAUUGCUCCUGAGAUUUUGCUCGGGCAGAAAUAUGGGACCUCUGUGGAUUGGUGGUCAUUUGGUGUCCUUCUUUAUGAGAUGUUGAUUGGCCAGUCCCCCUUUCAUGGACACGAUGAGGAAGAGUUGUUUCAGUCGAUCCGCACCGAUGACCCUUGCUACCCACGUUGGCUGACUAGAGACACACGGGACCUUCUUGUUAAGUUAUUCGUGAGGGAACCAGAACGGCGUCUGGGUGUGAAAGGAAAUAUACGGCAGCAUGCGUUCUUCAGAGACACUGACUGGAAUGCGCUGGAAAAUCGGCAGGUGGAGCCGCCCUUCAGACCCACUGUGAAAUCACCCAGCGACUGCAGUAACUUUGAUAAGGAGUUUAUAAGCGAGAAGCCCCGACUUUCCAUCGCGGAUCGUACCCUUAUCAACAGCGUGGACCAGAGCAUGUUCAACAACUUCUCCUUCAUCAACCCUGUUAUGACUCGCCUCAAGAACCAAUGACCUAUACAUUAAUUAAAGACAUUUGUGAACAUACUGUGAACAGUUCAGAAACAUGAAGAAACACUCAUCUUUAGAGCACAACAAAUAAGUCUUACAUCAUUUCGUGCUAUGGACGGUAGAAAUCUUAUAAAAGUAGUCCUAUGCUAUUUGGUACUUCCUUAUCUCAGAGGUGAGCUAGUGUCACAACUUUUGGCAAUCAACAGUCUGUUCCUAUUUUUCCUUUUCAGAGUGAAUGUGCUUGUGUUCAUAUCUUUAAUAACUAGUUUUGUAAUGUGUUAUUAAAUACCGCAUUGAGAAGUCCUUUUAUAGAAAUUUAAGUGUAAAGUGUCAAAUGUGUAAUGUUACAAAAUGUAGGUUGCUUAUUGGACUGUACAAGGUUAUAUAUGAAUUAUUCAAACGUAUGUAGGGUGCAUAAAGACUACAUUCAAAGAGAACAGCAUAUUAUUUUAAAUUCAUGCUUCCUGUGUAACCAAAAAACCUGAUAAGUGGGGUACUAAUCUAUGUGACCCUGCCUGUGAAAACCAGAAAUGAGAUAGCAAGUAUCAAAGUUUGAUUUGCAGUGAACAACAAACACAGCUGAACUUCUGGGAAGCGCAUUGAUGGGCGUGCUCUUUCUCUCGCUGGUUGACGCGUGGGCGUGCUCUUUCUUCCGCUCUCACUGGUUGACGCGUGGGUGUGCUUUUCCGGGAGAAUUGCCCAAUAAGGGACUAAGAAAAGUUGUUACGUAAGGGAAUUUCAUGUUCGAAAAAAACUUUCCAAAACCUGUAGGAAACUUGUGGAGUGUAUCUAGCUCAGAAGUACAACGUCAUACGCCCAACUCGUUGACCAUGUUAAACAUUGCAUCCCCGUUUAAUUACAACAGACAAUAACUAUUGACUUCAUGAUAACAGUUGUUUUUAAUUCAUGCAUUUGAAAGUAUGCAUUCAAAUUCCCCGGGAAACCACAUCAUUACUGUUCCAAGUGGCGUGAUUAGAUAAAUGAAAAGACAUACAAAAAUACACACCUUAUACUAAGAAUCAUGGUGGCUGUUCUGCUGAAAGAACCAAACUGAGCCACAUUUUAAAGGAGCUGUAUGUAACAUUGACACCUAGCGGUUGAGCUUGAUAUCACAGUCCAAAUUCAAAAUAUUGACGAGGGGUUUUCCCCGCCCCUCCUCCUCAGACUCCACACUCACAGGAGUUGCCGGACACUUACAGGAGUGUGAUGGAAAGCAUAAACUCUUACACUAAGUUUAUCUGAUAAGUUUUUUGUUUGCAGUGGAUUUGUUGUUUGCAAAUAUAACUCAACCAGCAGCUUGUUUCAGAGGUCGCAUUUACGGGCCAUUUUGCUGUUCUCGUUUAAAUAACCGUAAUAAAAUUGUAUGUUACUCCUCAUACGUUGUAAAAUAACAUAGUAAUCCUUUCUAAGUUUGCAACGUAAUAGUACCGGAACGGUGGAAUCUGCUUUGACCCAGAUCGUUUAUUUGCUGCAAUAUGCAGUGAUUGUCGCCAACUGGCAACCGAGCUGUCGAAAUACACUGGCACUGUUGCCAACUCAUUUUCAGGAAAAAUUGCUAAAGGCAGUUCAAUUUGUUGCUAAAUGUUGCUAAUGAUUGUGAUGUCAUUACGUAAUGACUUUGUUACGUAACAUUGCAAAACUGAGAAAAUACACAUUGUUUUAAAAUCAUGGUAGUUGCAUAACAAUGUUUACAAGAUCAUCAAAAGUAUGUAAUCAACUUAGAAGUGAGUGGGUUUACCUUACAUGACAAUCUAAAAAUCAAAACAGUAUUUAAACAUUACUCAGAAUUCUUCCUGAAUGUAAAGUGAAGUCAAACCGGCAUAUAUACCACAUAUGGCUUACUUGUUCUAAGUCAUACAAAUUUGUUGAGGUGAAUUGUUUAAACUGUUUAAAUAUAGAAAAUUGUUGAUGAAAUCGGUGUAAAGAGCAUUUGAUGGUGGACAAUCACAUUAGCAUACCUUAAUGUAGCCUAUCUUUAAACAUACUGUAUACUUUAAAGCUCCUAGUACUGCACAUUAUGUCUACCUCAUCUGACACACUUGAUUCAACUCAUCAGUUCAUUAGCAAAGACUAAAAGAUCUGAACUGGAUGUGUCAGAUGAGGAAAACCUAAAUGUGCAGUAGCCAGUUGGGGUUCCAGGACUGGUUUGGGAACCACUUGUCUAUAGACUUUUGCAGCCAAGCAUACAAGUAACAGUGAGUCACAGAGAAGAUAAUUAUUUUGUGUAAUUUUGAGAGAAAAUGCUUGGUUUUAUUAUUUGAGUCACUUUUCAAAAGUUGCCAAAUAAAUAAAAAAUAGCAAAAUUUGUUGCUAGGUGCUCUUUGAAAAUAAAGUUGCCAAGGCAGUCUGAAAAGUUGCUAAAUCUAGCAAAAAAAAGUUAAGUUGGCAACACUGUACACUAGUGCGUAAAUCGUCAGUGGGCGGGGUCACACGGACCAAAACCUGAACGCACAUUUCAGCGUGGAAUAACUGGCUACAGCGUUGUUUUUUUUGGACAAAGCAAUAUAUGAACUUAGCAUGUUUCCUAAAUGUCUACGAUCAUAUUAAGGUAUUGUUUUGAUUUAAUACAGUAAAAUGAUCACAUACCGCUCCUUUAAAAGUCCCUGAACAUUUCAGAAAGGUAAAACCGUUUGUAUUUAGAGUGGGUAUUAAAGCGUCAAUCACAGCCUCACCUAAUGUGCAGUAAAUAUUUCAUUCUUGUUCGUGUUAUUUUUGCAUUUAAACAUAAUUAGUAAAACACAAGCAUUUAAAAGCCAACAGCUACGACGUGUUGACGUCGGGUAGGAAAUCUCUCACGUCAGGCCAAUAAUGCACAUCUGAUAUAAUAACAAAUCUCAAUAGAAAUCUCAUACAUGAACUUUUAGCAGUGGUGCAUCAACAAACAGCAGCGCAACCACGGACAGCAACCAUACAGACUAGAUCGAUGUGCCACGGCGGGCGUUACAAACCAGCAAACUAGCUUACCUGCUCUUGAGCUGUUACCUGCCCCACACACAAAUACACCUGCACGUCAAUAAAGGCCCUCUAACUCGGUUAACUGGGGGUGUUCUUUU